AGGCAGGCAGCAGGCGAACGAACGAGCGACCAGAUCAGGCAGCGUAGCCGUCCGUCCGUCCGUUCGUUGCUAGUUCCGGCAUAGUUUCGCGACUUCGAGUUAAGCGGAGAAGACGUUAAAUACACAUUGGUGUUUGACACGACGUGGACGUGCAGCGAAGUUCGAUAUAAUAUAUAAAAAAUAAACCCAGUGCAAAGAUGGAUGAAGAAUACGACGCGAUUGUGCUCGGAACCGGGCUCAAGGAGUGCAUUCUCAGCGGAAUGCUAUCCGUUAGCGGGAAAAAGGUUUUACACGUCGAUCGCAACAAGUAUUAUGGCGGUGAAUCUGCCUCCAUAACGCCGCUCGAAGACCUAUUCAGUAAAUUCAAGGCACCGCCACCGGACGGAAGCUACGGACGUGGUAGAGAUUGGAAUGUGGAUUUGAUCCCAAAAUUUUUAAUGGCCAAUGGCCUGCUGGUGAAGCUGCUGAUUCACACAGGGGUUACACGUUACUUGGAAUUCAAAUCAGUAGAGGGUUCCUACGUCUACAAGUCGGCAAAAAUCUCCAAAGUACCUAUUGAUCAGCAGGAAGCACUGUCCAGUGAUCUUAUGGGUUUGUUUGAGAAAAGACGCUUUAGAAACUUCUUGAUUUGGGUACAAAACGUACAGGAGGAUGACCCCAAGAGCUGGGACGGCUUUGACCCUUUCUCGAACAACAUGCAAGCUCUUUACAAUAAGUUUAAUCUCGACAAGAAUACGCAAGACUUUACCGGUCACGCUCUCGCUUUGUAUAGAGAUGACGAUUACAUAGGCCAGAGCGCUAUUGGUACAAUUCGAAGAAUUAAGCUCUACAGUGAUAGUUUAGCUCGUUACGGAAAAUCUCCGUAUCUGUAUCCCAUGUAUGGGCUGGGCGAGCUACCCCAAGGUUUCGCUCGACUUAGUGCUAUUUAUGGAGGCACCUACAUGCUGGACAAACCCAUAGAUGAGAUUGUCAUGGAAGAUGGAAAGGUAGUCGGUGUUCGAUCUGGUACCGAAGUAGCCAAAUGUAAGCAAGUAUUUUGCGAUCCAACUUAUGUGACCGACAAGGUUCGCAAAGUAGGACAAGUAAUAAGAUGCAUUUGCCUCUUGGACCAUCCCAUAUCAGGCACUGGUGAUGCUCUUUCAACACAAAUUAUCAUUCCACAGAAACAGGUGAAUCGCAACUCUGAUAUCUACGUCUCAUUGGUAUCUCACACGCAUCAAGUAGCAGCUAAAGGCUGGUUUGUUGCUAUGGUGUCUACUACAGUAGAGACGAGCAAUCCUGAAGCAGAAAUAAAGCCUGGUAUCGACUUGCUUGGGCCAAUAAAACAAAAGUUUGUAUCAGUCUCUGACUACCUCGAGCCGACCGACAAUGGUCUUAACAGUCAAUUAUUCAUUUCAACGAGCUACGAUGCGACAACGCAUUUUGAAACAACUUGCCUGGAUGUUUUGGAUAUUUUCAAACGCGCCACAGGAGAGGAAUUCGACUUCAACAAAGUCAAGCAUGAAUUAGGUGACGAAGAUCAGUAACCGUAAUUAGCGAAUCAAUUGAUAUCCUAUGCUUGGAUUUGAUUCGAGCCUAAUCCAAAGGGUUCAACUCAUCCCGUACUAUAAGUAUCAUUAUUCUUACUUUUGUUAAGUCUAGGGUACUACGAUGAAAACGAUGUAUAUGUAUCAUAAGUGGAAGAUGAAAAAAAAAUAAAUAAAUAGUCGCAAAUUUUUAUGCACCUGCUCUUCAGCCCUCAGUUAUCCAGAACGUGGGGACUUCUACUUGAUGAUUGAAGCCAAAAAAACCACGAUGAAAAGCUGAAAAUACACAAUAUAUAGUAUAUUGUAAUUUUUGUCGCGAGUCUUGAUUAAUCGCAAACGAUUCACAUGUAUCCACAUUUUUCAGUUCCUUAAAAACGUUUUCCAAGCUAAUGUUACUACGAAUAUAUAUAUCAUAUUUUUAACUACUUACAAAAUGUUGUUAUGCAAAGUAAAUGAUUAGGGAAUAGUCAUUAUAGGACAGAGUAAUUUAUAUCAACUUGUAACGAAACAGAAAGCUACCUUUUGUCGCUCACAACAUGAAUAAGUUAUAAAUUGAAAAAUGUCUGCUCAUUGAAUGUAAUUACGGCAAGCCUCUCACGGUAGGAAUAGAUUAUGACGAUAGUACAUACUAAUUGGAGAAGUCUAAAAUGAUUCAUCAUAUUGAAAUAUAAGUGCAGGUGAAUUAUAAUAUUGGGUAUACAUAAUGUUAAAAAUCGGAGUGGGUAUACCAUGUAGAAAAAAGAUGAUUGAUGUGAAUCACAAUAUCUGUAUUGAAUUACAAGUACAUCACUCCAGUGGGUUGUCGGGCAGCGCAGAAUUCAAUUAUGUAAUAUUACCAAUAAAUGAAUAAAUAAAUUUAAAUAUGCUAAUAUGUUAGGUGAGCUUGCGAGCACGAAUAUUUCGUUGUUACUGUGAGUGUAUAAUAAUACCGUGAACUUUAAGUGAAUGAAUAUUAUUUUUUAAAAAGUAAUUGAUUAACAAAAAUUUGUGUCAAGCUUACAUGCUGCAUGGUAUAAAACAAACUGAUACGAUAUUACACGAAUUCAAUGGAACAUCGAUUCUACUCUACAGAUUGUUGGAGAAAUGAAACACUUACGACUGUAAUUUGGGAGGCAUACGAAAAUAAAUGAUAUUAUAUUAAAUAA